AUGUUCUCAAAGAUCAUUCGAAGAACUGUCGUCUCGCCAGCGUUGAAAGAAUCGUUCGCUGCUGAAGGAACAGCCAUCAAAGCUGCUGGAACUUGGAAGAGUGAGAGACAAAUCAUUUCCAAACAAGGGUCCUCGAUAAGAGUGCGAAAGCCAUGCGGGACAGAGAUCAACUGCGUGAAUUUCUGCGCGAACAAUUACCUCGGCCUUAGCGCUCACCCAGACGUUGUCGACGGUGCUCGAGCGGCUCUUGAAUCACACGGAGCGGGACUUAGCUCAGUUCGCUUUAUCUGUGGAACCCAAGACAUUCAUCUCGAGCUUGAAAAGCGACUUGCCAAGCUUCAUGGGACGGAUGAUGCGAUUCUCUACGCUGCUUGCUUUGACGCCAAUGCUGGCAUCUUUGAGGUCAUUCUUGGAAAAGAUGAUGCAGUUAUUUCCGACAGUCUCAAUCACGCAUCCAUCAUAGACGGAAUCCGAUUGUGCAAAGCGCAACGAAAACGUUACGUGCACAUGGAUAUGUCUGAUCUCGAAGCAAAACUGAUCGAAACUGCAAAUUGUCGUCGACGACUGGUUGUCACCGACGGUGUUUUCAGCAUGGAUGGUGAUAUCGCACCCCUUGAUGAAAUCAAGGCUUUGUGCGAGAAACACGAUGCAAUGCUAAUGAUUGACGAGUGCCACGCCACUGGAAUCCUUGGCGACAAAGGACGCGGAACUGAUGAACUUUUUGGUCUCCACGGACAAGUUGACAUCAUCAACUCUACACUUGGAAAGGCUCUCGGAGGCGCUUCCGGAGGAUACACUGCUGGACCCAAAGAAAUUGUCGAUCUUCUUCGACAGAAAGCUCGUCCAUAUCUUUUCUCAAACACUCUUGCCCCUCCUGUUGUUGGAGCAGCUCUUAGCGCGAUUGACUUGCUCGAAACAAAGCCUGAUGCUUUUAUUGGUGAAAUUCAGCGAAAAACAAAGCUUUUCCGAUCGAAGAUGACUGCAGCUGGUUUCGAUAUUAUGGGCAAAGAACAUCCUAUCUCACCAGUUUUCAUCGGCGACGCACGGCUUGCUGCAGAACUUGCUGACAAGCUCCUCGACUGCGGCAUUUUCGUCAUUGCUUUUUCUUAUCCAGUUGUUCCAGAGGGAAAAGCACGAAUUCGAGUCCAAAUUUCUGCCGCCCACAGCGAUGAACAAAUCGACCAAACUGUCAACGCAUUUGCUAGCUGCGCGAAAGAAUUGAACAUCUUGCCCUGA